CUUUGUUCACCAUGAGCCGCAAACGUGUGGCGAUCAUCGGCGCAGGCGUCUGCGGGCUUACGUCACUCAAGGCGUGCCUAGAGGAGGGGCUGGAGCCCGUGUGUUUCGAGAGGCACGAUGAUAUAGGAGGAGUCUGGUACUACACGGAUGAUGUCCGUCCCGAACAAGGCUCAAGUGUGUACAACUCCCUCAUCACCAACGUCAGUAAGGAGUCGUCGUGCUUCAGUGACUUCCCCUACCCGCGUGACUACCCAGCCUACAUGUCGUGCCACUUGCUACACAAGUACCUGCACCAGUACGCAGAGACGUUCGGGCUCAGCAAGUACGUCAGGCUCAACACUAAGGUGGUCGAAGUUCGUAAGGCAGAAGACCACGUGACCACUGGACGCUGGAUCGUGUCUUCGGUCAGCAUGGCGGCGGAGGGAUCUCCCAGAGAGGAGAUGUACGACGCCCUGAUGGUGUGCAGCGGUCCGUUCUCUAGAUCCUUCACCCCAAACUACCCCGGACUCGAACAGUACACCGGCCUCACCAUGCACAGUCGGGAAUACAAGAGUCCCGACCCGUUUAGAGGGAAGAGAGUUUUAGUUAUUGGGGCGGGAAACUCAGCUGGUGACGUUGCAGUAGACGUUUCUCAUGUGGCUUCAAAGCUGUACCUGAGCAUGCGGGACGGCACGUGGAUCUACCCGCGCCUGUCCCACGGCGGCACGCCCAUAGACAUGCAGGGGUCCCGGGGACUCCUCACCUACCCCUUAUACCUGAGUAUGCGAGAUGGCACGUGGAUUUACCCCCGCCUGUCUCAUGGCGGCACACCCAUAGACAUGUUGGGGUCCCGGGGACUCCUCACCUACCCCGCCGUCAUCAACGCACACAGGAGGAGACAGACUCUAGCUGAGCACGUCAACCAGAGGAACUACGGAUUGGAGACCGCGAAGGACAUGUACGAACAUGUCAUGGUCAAUGAUGAGCUGCGGUACAGCCUCAUAAGUGGCAAGGUUUUGUUGAGACCUGGAGUGACGAAGUUCACUCGCACGGGGGCGCUCCUUGCAGACGGCACCAAGUUGGAAAACAUCGACGCAGUUGUGUUCGCAACGGGUUAUGUAGAAGCCAAUGUCUCUUACUUGGACGACUCAAUCCUCGCAAAGGACCCCACGAAGUUGGACCUGUACAAGCUCGUGUUUCCAGCCAACCUGCCCCACCCCUCAAUGGCCGUGAUUGGUUUCUUCCAUGUCCGAGGGUCCAUCCCGCCUGUUGCCGAGGUCCAGGCCCGAUGGGCUGCCCGGGUCUUCUCGGGUCGAGCAAAGCUUCCAGACCGGCAAACCAUGCUAGAGCGCGUGCGCAGAGACAGGGAAGACAGACACCGGAUUCUUGGGAAACACAUGCGCAGUAAACUACCGAAGAUCGGUGUUAUCCCCUAUCGUGACGAAAUAGCGCGGGAAAUCGGAGCCAUGCCAAGUUUCUGGAAGCUUCUACUCAAAGAUCCCCGGUUAGCCUUCCGAGUCUACUUCCAGCCGCCCCUACCGGCCCACUACCGCCUUGUCGGUCCGCACCAGUGGCCUGGAGCCGCUGACUACACCAAGGAGGCUGUCGGGAACACCUUCUACAGCCUGAGGCAUGCCGGGAAGGAUGUGACGUCACCCAGCAAGAUGGCGGCGGUUUCUUCGAUUUCAGUUUUGUUCGUUGUUGUCGUUGUUAUUGUGGCAGUCGUAAUACGAGUUAUAAUGUAAUAUUUUGUCACGCGAAAUGUUAAAUGAUUGGUCAGACUACCGUCCACGCAAGGUAAGUUACUUUGGUAGUAAAAUUGAACUGUGCAAUACUUGUGUGCCAGAACUUUACACUUCGGUACGAUGUAUGCCCAAAUAUAUUGCUAGGCUAGCUAGACCAAGUGAAUGUAAACAUGUUACAUUUCUAGCUAGAUAUUUUGACAUGUUGAACUUUUAAUAACCCUUUCAUCUAUGUUUUACUGAUAAAAAAAUUGACAACUAAAAUACAUUUUAGAUCCAUACAUUUAUUAGAGUCCUGUUCUUUAUAAAGUCCAGUACAAUUAAUCCAUUACAAAACUUCUCUCAGCUCCCUUUCGUAUACACCAAGUCAAGUGUUCCUCUAUUUUGAAUUACCAUGAGGAUCUCUCAAUGGACGUCCAGCAAGUACAGUGUAAUGUUUUGUGUUUUGUCCUAACUUUAAAAUUGGCAUUUGGGCUUAAACAAGGACUUUCUAUCAGGCUUGGGCUUAAAGUCUUAUCUUUACGAGAUGCUUUCAAAGUGAUUGUCAAAGAAUGCACUACUUCUUUGUUGAAUGUAAAAAUAGUAAUCCAUUUUUCUUAACCUCUACUUUCACCACUGCUGUUAGCAUUGAGCUUUCUUCUUCUUAUAUUAUACAUAUUACAUACUCAUACCUCCUCAAGAUGUGCGACUUUAUUAAAUGCUUGUUUC